AUGCAGGCGGCAAACUCACCUAGACCGAGCGAAUCCAGCCUGGCCUUCAACUACGAGCUGAGAUUGGAAUCAUCUGGCGUCAGAGAGAAUAGGAGUUCGAGACUGAGAAUCAGGAGUGGACCGGCGCCGCCAGCUCCGCGGUUUUUGUGGAGAAUCCUUUGCUUCCUGAUUUUCCAGGCGAUGAUCAACUUCGACCUCCGCUGUCGUGCCGCUGAGCUAGCUAAAGCUCCCUUCGCAAACCCAGGACCUUCAACCAUCUGUAAUAUUGGCUCUAUCGCAAUGGCCACUCAGCAAACUCUACCCCCUCUUCCACCCCCUAAAUGGGUCGUCGAUCUCAAAUCACCGUUACCGCGCCCGUCAAUUUCAGCGUCCAGCAUCCCCGACCCGCCCGGCUUCUCGCGCAAGGCUGGUAAAGGCCGCUCGGAAAAAUCGACCACUUCCUCCGCCCCGUCCAAGCCCGCCGAAACCGACACGCUGAAGCUCAAGAAAGCUUGGGAAAUCGCCCUCGCGCCGUCGAAGCAGAUUCCCAUGAACGCGAUCAUGAUGUACAUGUCCGGAAACAGUCUGCAGAUCUUCAGCAUUAUGAUGGUCUUUAUGUUGUUCAAGGGCCCUAUCCAGGGCCUCAUCAACACCAAUAAUGUGUUUGCCAAGUUUGAUUCGGAGACAUUGCGGGGCAAUUCGUUCUGCUGGGGCUGGGGGUGUGGAAGGUUAAUGCUAUGGGUCUUCUGCCGAGGUCCUUAUGCGCUCUUCUGGCUUGCUAAUGUGUGA